UUGGUAAUGCUUGUGCGCUGCCAUCGUUUGCCCAUGCAGUUUUCAAUGAAUAUUGUAUGUGGUCUCAGGCUUUGAUGCUGAUCACUUGAAUCAGCGGGUUGCGAGGUAGAGCGCUUGCCUGGAUGUGCACACCAGAUGAUGGAAUUCCUGCCAGACGGCGCAGCUGCGCGACCAGGACAGUCUGCCUCCGAAAUUAGAUAAGAGAGCAGAGCAGAGGCAGCAUAUUCUAGCAGCGGGGAAGAUGUUCUGCGCGAAGCUGAAAGAGCUGAAGAUAGCUGGAGAGUGUCCUUUCUCUGUCGGCGCCAACAAUAAUGAGCUCGGAGACUUUGAAGGGCGCUCCAGUGAUGCCGCGGAAUUAUUGCCCAUUUCUAUGGAAGUGCAUGGGGAACAAGGUGAGGGUCUGCCACGACAGAAGACGAGCAGAGCCAAAGUUAACCUGCACACACUGGGGGAGAGCGUCCGGAAAUUGGCAUGUCCUGGGUUACAAAGGCUGCACACUGCCCUCCAUCGAAUGAUGAGACUGUCAGAUCACACCAGGGACUCUGAAAGUCCAGCGAUUUGCUGCAGAGGCAAUCAGAGUCACAGCGAUAAUUCAGAACAUCUAGAGGAGAUGCUGAACAUUUACUCAACCAAAACAGGAAGCUCGAUGGAAGCUCUGAAAGUUGCUCUUGGCGAGGAGCUCUUUGACAUGUGUUAUGAGGAGGAUGGACACAUUUUGAAGGUGGUUGGGGGAGCUCUCCAUGACUUCCUCAACAGCUUCAAUGUCUUGUUGAAACAGAGCAGCACCUUGCCCAAUUCGGACAGAGAGGAUUGUGUAAACGAACCUUCAGUGCUGUGCUUAGACAAGGAUCCGGGUCUGCUUACUGUCUAUUUCUUCAACCCCCACUCUACCACUCAGCUUUUUUUCCCUGGAGUCAUCAAAGCUGCUGCCCGCCUGCUGUAUCACACCAUGGUGGAUGUGUUGAUGGAUCCCCCCAGUACUAAAGACAGCAUCUUGCAGUCCAACCCACAGCCCAGUCUUCUAUACACAGUUGUUGUUAAGGAUGCUAAAAACCUGAGCCCCAGUCCACUGCGGGCUACCUCAGCUGGGACCCUUCCUACCACUCUGUUCUCCACCGUUUUCCCUUUCCACCUAAUCCUGGACCAGGACUUGGCUCUGGUUCAAAUAGGUCAUGGGCUCAGGAAGAGACUGAUCAGAAAGGAUGGACUGAGGCGGUCAUCUACCUUCCAAGAACAUUUCUCUAUUGUCUCCCCCCAGAUCAAAUGCACCUUUCAGGGUAUUUUGACAAUGCUAAACACCCAGUUCAUCAUUCGGAUCAAGCAUGGAGUCUCCACCACAGACAACACAGGGAAGCAUAUGGACCUGAAAGGUCAGAUGAUCUACGUUUCAGAGUCCAAUGUCAUCUUGUUUCUGGGCUCACCAUGUGUGGACAAGCUGGAGGAGCUCACAGGCCGUGGCCUCUAUCUGUCAGACAUCCCUAUCCAUAAUGCACUGCGUGAUGUAGUUCUGGUUGGUGAACAGGCUAAAGCUCAGGAUGGUUUGAAGAAACGUCUGGGGAAGGCCAAGGCAGCCUUGGAGCAUGCCCACCAAGCACUGGAGGAGGAGAAGAAGAAGACAGUGGACCUCCUCUUCUCCAUCUUCCCUGGCACUGUGGCUCAGCAGCUGUGGCAAGGACAAACCGUCCAGGCCAAGAAGUUUGACAGGGUCACAAUGCUCUUCUCUGACAUUGUGGGCUUCACAGCAGUUUGCUCUCUCUGUACCCCGAUGCAAGUGAUCACCAUGCUCAAUGAGUUAUACACCCGCUUUGACCACCAUUGUGGAGAACUUGAUGUUUAUAAGGUGGAGACAAUUGGUGAUGCGUAUUGUGUUGCCGGCGGCUUACACAAGGAGAGCGAGACUCACGCUGUCCAAAUUGCACUCAUGGCCUUAAAGAUGAUGGAGCUUUCAGAUGAAGUCAUGACGCCAACUGGAGACCGAAUACAGAUGCGUAUCGGCCUCCACACAGGUUCAGUUCUAGCUGGUGUAGUCGGGGUGAUGAUGCCACGUUACUGCCUCUUUGGGAACAAUGUUACUUUAGCCAACAAGUUUGAAUCCUGCAGCCAACCUCGGAAAAUCAAUAUCAGCCCUACAACCCACAGACUGCUGAAGGAUCGCCCAGAGUUUGUCUUUGUUCCCAGGAGCAGACAGGAGCUUCCGGCUGACUUCCCAGACGACAUCCCUGGUGUUUGUUACUUUUUGGAAGCGUCCUUCAAAACUGACUCCUAAAUGAAGUUGAGAUGCUGCACAGCACAGAAACAUUAGAUGUCAAGGAAAUAAGUGUAUUUAGUGAAUUCAGUGCAAAUAUCUUGUAUAUUUUGGUUUUGGUUGUUUAGAUAUUGGUGGUAUUGUCUAUCAGUCAAACUCCUGCAGCUGCUUGAUUACAGAUGUGUCAGUUUGCUAUCAAACAUGAGUCUUGUCUCUGUAUAAUUAUGUGUGUGUAAAUUUGUAGUGGAAAGAGACACUCACUUCCUCAAUUUUUCUUCCAGAAUGAGUCAUCUCUCUGAAUUGUAUUUUAGGCUUCCACCACAGACUGUCGGAUUUAGCGACUUUAUUUUUGUUUGGUUUGAAAAUAUAUAAUUUUAGAAGUAAAAAAAAAUGAAAAUACAGACAAAGAUGCAUACAGUAUUUGAUUUGAACAUCUAGGAAGAAAUUUAAAUAUAUAACUAUAUAUCAUUUUGCAUAAUGUAGAUAAGAUUCCUAAAUCCAUUCUGGGUGUUGAUUCUCGGUGUGAUGUUGUUAAACAGAGUGGUUCCUUUGUCGAGAUCAUUAUCUCUAAGUAUCUGACUGGUCCAUGUUUUUUAGUGGAAACGAUUUCAUACAAAAGCAGACAUUAUGAUUAUUCAGAUUUUGGAUAAAAUGAUGUGAUGCAGAGUAGAUUUAGGUGCCUUAUGGGAUCGGAGAGUGUCAAAUUUGUAUUUUUGGUUAAUUCUACCUGCUUUGUUUUUUCUAGCUAUGGUCCAUGAUGAAUUUUCAUGUCAGUAAUUUCUUCCAAAGGCAUGUGGUUCCAACUCAGUAUAUAUUUUUAAACUUACAUCUAUUAGAUACACAAUAAAGCAUUCCAAGAUCUAAUUUUCCUAAUAUAAGUAUUGUUUUGUUUUUUCACUGUUCACAUAUUUAUACUAUAUUUAUUACAUGGGUUUCAUACCACUCCUUUCCCAAGUAGAGGGAAUGCAACACAACGAAAAUACAAUGAAUGUUCAACAAUCACUCAUAAUGGUGUGCUUUAUUAUUGUAAUGUAAUCAAGGCACAAUAAAUAUUGACAUUAACUGA